UAGAGAGAGAGAGAGAGAGAGAGAGAGAGAGAGAGAGAGAUGGACAGACACUUCAGAUUCCUUCCCACCGAAGAGGAACUGGUGAACCACUACUUGAGGAAGAAGAAACAGGACAAGGAUUUUAAAGUCGACCACAUCAUCCCUGAAAUUGAUAUCUGCAAGCACGAGCCUUGGGAUGUUCCUGGGCUCUUGUUCACAGAGCCAGAGUCCCCAUAUCAGGAUAUGGAGUGGUUCUUCUUCAGCCCAAGAGAUUACAAGUGCAUCAACAGCGCUGGCAUCAACAGGGUCACUCCGCGAGGCUUCUGGAAAAUCACAGGCAAAAAACGUCUGAUCAGGGCUCGAGGGUCCGAAGCUGUCAUUGGGAUGAAGAGGAGCUUGAUCUUCUAUGAAGGUCGUGUGCGUCAAUCGAAGAAGACCAACUGGGUCAUGUACGAGUAUUAUGAAGCCAACCCUAAUCCUAAGCUCGCCCAGCAGAGGGAUUUUGUUCUCUGUCGCUUGAAGAAAAUAGCCGAUCCCUUGAAGAAAAAAGCCGAUAAGCAGCAUACUUCAACCUAUGCUAAAGCUGAACCUGCAUAUACUGAAUGGCAUGGGAUUCCAGAGGACCAUCCCCAGCCAGAAGAUCUCGAAUUAAUCUUUCCUGCACUUCAGCUGCAGGAUGACAUGCUGGAGAUGGACACAGAAGUUGCAGAUGUUUAGCAUGAGAAUGACUAUAUUACUUUUAUGACUGCUCCUGCGGCUACAUGACCUGCUGUAGUCUUACUAUAUGUAUUAGUAUUAAACCUAUCUCAUUUUCUUUUCAAUUGUAUCCUUGUGAGUAUUGUACUGUAUUGUAUGUAUUGGUAUUUCCAUAUUUAGUA